AUGACUAUAACUACGAGAACAGUAUCACCAACUACGACGAGUCCAUCAUCUGAAUCGAAAUUUACUGUUAGUCUCGCGGAGCCACCAUAUCGAACAGUUACAGAAAAAGUGACAGGGACAUCUACUGCAGCACCAUCAAUGCCAAGUCAUGGACGCUCAACACCGGUAGCAGCGAUUGUUGGUGCAGUCCUCGGUUCCGUUAUUUUCUGCGCUCUCUUGCUAGCCAUUUUCUUUUUCAUCCGAAAACGUAAAUUGACCAAGGUUUACAAAGCGCCAGCAUAUCCUUCCCCAUGCGUUGGUGGUGACAUGACACCACAGCUCUCGAGCAAAGCAUCAUCACAGUUUCAAAAGAUGGUAGCAGAGUUAUACAGAUCUGAUACCAUGGAAACAAGCGAACCCCCACAACUGGACAGUCGAGAGAUAUUGCCCCAAUUUCACCGACGUGACUCGACGGGACGAUUUGCAGAACUCCCAGCGGAGCCUCUCCCGUGGCCCGGUCACUCUGUAGAUAGAUAG